GCAUUGUUUAAAACACAUCUAUCAGAAACGCAAUGCAAAUAAUCCAUGAUACUGAGUUGUUUUACAAUGCUUGUAAAAUUAUCAGUUAACUAGCCGGUUUCAACACUGAUUUAGCACUGGUCGUACGCGAUACGCGCACACGAAGUCGUACAUUAUUCGGUUCUGUACAAACCUGCACCCUUCUGAAUGUAAUUAUAAUCCCCCCGGCUUAACAGUACUUCCGCGCGCGCGAUACAACGUGCGAGAUAAAACAAGAGAAACUAGGCCAAACGAAAGGUACCAGCGUCUUAUCGUGAUACCGCCAGUAUUUAAAAAGGAGUCUCCACCCUGAGGCAUCAGUGAUUCAAUUACCGCGAUUGUCGUUUGCAGUUUUAACGCGUGGUCUGCACGACUCGCGACCGAUGUCCCUUGCUUAUAACGAUAUUAAAUAUCUGUAAGAUGUUACCGAGUCUAGUGUCGAAACAAAUCUUCGUUCUUGUUACACUGCGGUAUUCCGUGCAAGGAUGGGAGAGCGGUUUGCGCCAAAGAUACGACGGUUACGGAGAGGAUUGGAUAUUCAUGCCUGACGGCAACGGACAGCCCCAAGUAGCAGUGUUAAAGGUCCAAGAAAGCGAAAGGAGAGGCGUAUUGGACGACUCGGAAAUAGCCUACGUAAUCUACACUCGAUCUAAUCCAAGAGAAGGCAUAAGGAUGACUCUAAAUGACACCACGAAUCUCGCUAGCUCCGACUUCAAGCCCUCGCGAAAAACAAAAUUCAUAACGCACGGAUGGAAGUCGAGCGCCAUGAGUACCGGACUUUUGAACAUGAAAGAAGCUUUUCUCACUCAUGGCGACUACAACGUUAUCCUCGUGGAUUGGGAACCCUUGGCCGCGAGCACAUUUUACUUGGGUCCGAUGCAAAACACCGUAAGAGUCGGGACUGACGCCGCCAACUUUAUAGACUUCUUAGUGAAAGAGACUGGACUGAAAACAGAAGACGUUCAUUUUAUCGGUCAUUCCCUUGGGGCACAUGUGGCUGGGAAUGCGGGCGGUGCGACGACUUCCGGGAAAUUGAGCAGAGUAACAGGUUUGGAUCCAGCGCUGCCGGGAUUCCACGUUCUCGCCUCCGAGAAAACUCGGUUAGAUUCCACGGACGCGGCAUUCGUCGACGUCAUACAUUCCUGCGGAGGUGUGUUAGGUUUUCUUCAACCACUGGGAAAAGCUGAUUUCUAUCCGAAUGCUGGUACGGCGAUUCAGCCUGGAUGUUGUUGCGUCCCUGAGAUAAUGGAGGCUUGCAGUCAUGGACGGUCAUACGUAUACUUCACAGAAAGUAUAAAUUCGAAAACAGGGCUGCCGGCUAGGAAAUGCGACAGCUGGGAUUCGUACAUGAAUGGCAAAUGCGCCAAUUCACAAACAGUGCUCAUGGGAGAGCAUGUUGAUCGGACCGCCGAGGGUCUAUUCUUUCUUAGAACGAGAUCGGACCCGCCUUAUGCGUACAUACCGGAAGUAACUAACAAUAAUGUCUAAAUGAAAAUGAUAUACACGCAAUCAUAUCCUUCCAAGAUGCAUAUAUCGACGUAAUUCCCGUCACUUUGGAUCCCGUUUGCUGACGAUAGCAAGAACAGCAAAUAUAAAAUAUCUGGCUUUAAUAAAUAGUAAUUACAUUAUUAUACACAUGACUGAGGUAUAAUAAACGUAGCGACGAAACAAUCA